AUGAAGUCAGAAACUUUGGAGUCCACCACCCUUCUUGACGAGAAGCUGGGUGGAGAUGUCACCAAGAACGCUGAGAAUACAAAUCAGGUGACUGAGGCCGACGAGGCCAGGUCAUCAAAUCCCAUUACACAGCUAAGAGAGAUUAUCUCCCUCGCUCACUUGAUCACCGAGAGCAACAUCAAAGCGUAUGUGCUGCCGGUAAUACUGUUUGCUAUGUGCAGUGUUGGCUCCGGGGGCGUGACAUCAAAUCCUCACCCUGGGUUAGAGGAAAUAGCUUGGGCUUUCCCUCGGGUCUCUCUGUAUAUCUGGCUCUACGUGUUCCAUUUUGAUCUCAGUAAUCAAAAGGAUCCCGAUUCAAUUGAGGAAGAUAGAAUCAACAAGCCCUGGAGAGCUAUCCCUUCGGGCAGAUUGAGCAUCAAAAGUGCUGAACAAUGGUACAAGGUCGCUACCGCCCUCUUGGUGUUAGCCAGUGGCCUUUGGCUGGGUGGCUUCCCAGAGGCUCUUGCCUUCAUGGCCGAGACUUAUAUCUACGAUUAUGCGAGUGGUGCCAGCUCCUGGUGGGCUAAGAACCUGAUCAAUGCCUUGUUCUACUCCACGGGUCAGCUGGGUGGCACUCGUGUGGCGGCUGAGUCAAUGACCGCCACCACAAUGACCAGAGUUGGCUAUGAAUGGUGCCUGCUUCUCGGUCUCUGCACGUUCAGCACAGUCCAGAUUCAAGACCUGAGAGACGUGGAAGGAGAUCGCAUCCGUGGCAGGGCCACAAUGCCUCUAGCAUUUGGUGAUGCACCCACUCGUUGGAUCACAGCUCUGUUCAUAAUGUUUUGGUCUGUAGCGUGCCCUGCUUACUGGGGCAAUGGCGCCUUUACUGCGGGCUAUAUCCUCCCUUUACUGAUCGGAGGAUAUGUCAGUUUUCGUGUAUUGGCCUACAAGUCUGUCAAGGCUGACAGACUCUCUUUCCACUGUCACACUUUGCUCUGGCUCCCUGCAUUGUACUCGGUUCCUCUCCUAAGCAAGUUAGUGCUGGUGAAUUUCUAG